AUUCGAGACUCGAGAGCAUAGCCGUGCACUGGGAAGAGGAGGUCUAGGAGCAGAUGAGCGGGCUGGAGCUGGAGCUGGGCCUGAGCCUAGGCGUCCUCAUCGACGUCGUCGACGAGCAGUGGAUGCGCGACACCCUCCCCGCCGAUGACAUCCCCGUGCCGCCGGCCAUGGCAGUCAAAACUGAGGACGCCGAGGAUCCAGCGCCCGCCAAUCAGGAAAGCCAACCAGCACAAGGGGAUGUAUGGCGUGAUUUUGCCUUGGAAAAUCUCUGAUUCUUUAUGCUCUACAUUCUACAAGUGCCUCUAGAGAUGGAGAUUCUAUGCUAAGGGUUUAGGAGCUGCAUGGUGGAUGGUACAUUGUGCUUUCUGCGCCGUGCUUCCUGAAAGUCUAUCUGAAGUUAGUUUAAAAUAUGGUUUAUGCAAGUGUUCCAGAUAUUUCCCAAGGUGGAUUCGAGGCUUGUGCUGAACUUGUGCUAGCCUAGCCUGUUAUAAGAUCUAUGGUAACGAUGACUGCAAUUUAUCUAUGCAAGUGAUCCAGACUGUUGGCACAUGCUGGCACGCCUUGUGAUAACCUACUGCUGAAUGUCUCCCAUAACCUUUUGAUUCUCGUGCUCGAUCGCAAGUGUUUCUCGACCUAGCGUGAAGAGAAUGUUUCGGUACUUGAAUUCUAGCCUGUGGCUGCU